UCUAAGCAUCCUUGAUAACUCGAGCAUUUCCAGCUCGGCCCUAGUAAUAUCCUGAGGCUCCCUCCCAAAUCAAUUCCCGCUCCCUCAUUUCAAUUCUCCCGCCAUUCCAAAACAUUAAUAACAAAAACCCUAAAACAAGAUUCAAUUCCAAGUAACCCUGUAAUCACUCUCGAUUUUGGGAUUAGGUUUUCUUCUGUUUUGGGUUUUAGAUGAAGGUUUUAGAACCUUAGGGUUUUUGUGUUUUGUUUUGAUUUGAUUUGAUAGAAAGACGGUGGAUAAUGAGUGCAGUGAAUCUUACUAACGUUACCGUACUAGAUAAUCCGGCGCCGUUUUUGUCCCCGUUUCAGUUCGAGAUCUCUUAUGAGUGUUUGACUCCUCUUAAAGACGAUUUGGAAUGGAAACUAAUCUAUGUGGGGUCUGCUGAGGAUGAAACAUAUGACCAAUUAUUGGAGAGUGUGCUUGUUGGGCCUGUCAAUGUUGGAAAUUAUCGUUUUGUCUUGCAGGCAGACCCACCUGACCCGUCAAAGAUUCGUGAUGAAGAUAUCAUUGGUGUCACAGUACUUUUGUUGACGUGCUCAUAUUUAGGUCAGGAAUUUGUUCGAGUUGGCUACUAUGUGAACAAUGAUUACGAAGAUGAGCAGCUUAGAGAGGAACCUCCACCUAAAGUGUUGAUUGAUAAGGUCCAAAGAAACAUCCUAUCUGAUAAACCCAGGGUUACAAAGUUCCCCAUCAAUUUUUAUCCUGAAAAUACUGAGGGUGCAGAGGAACCUCUUGUGAACGAUCAACCUGCUGAAACUGAUGGAAAUGAAGAACGACCGCCAGCUUCUCCCCAUCAUUCUUCAGAUAAAGAGGGGCCUUAAAUUACAAUCAGCAUCAACUCCUGGCCUCCCAAGUUUCUCGUUCAGGUUCAUAUCAUCAGGAUUUUAGGUGAUGCCUUUUGCCAUAUAUUUUGAUGUGCGGAAUGUGAACUGUUUUAAGCUGGAAAGCAAGGAGUGAUGGUUGAUAUACUGGGUUUUUCUGGCUUCUUUUUUUUUUUUGUCAUCGAUACAGUUGUAGUGCCGAGGUGACUGAUUUUGUAUCCUAAUCGGAUGGAUUUAGUUUGUGAUAGGCUGAUAGUUUGAAUAGAUGCAUCUUAGGUUCAUCAACAUUUUAUUAUCUCAAUUCGGAUCUUGUGAUUUCAACAUCUAAUAUACAAAGUGUGUUUCUUUUCUCUGACA